AUGAACUUCGGGACGCGCCCUGGACUUUCUGCAAUGCUGUCUCAGAGCGCGCGACCCCCAGCCACACGCCUCCGGGCACGGUGGUUGGCGCCGAAUUUGCGCGGCGUGCAUGGGUAUGGCCGUGGUUAUGACCGUCAGUGCUCAGCCUUAGGCGCAUUGGUCUUCACUGGCCGUGUCAUCAGCCGUCGGGUCCACGCCCGGAUCCAGCCUGCUCCUCCAUGGGCAGAGCCUUGCUGGAGCCGCACAGCGCUUGCGGUUCAAUGGUCUGAUCUGCAUGUAGCAGACGAGAGAGGGCCGAGAUGGAGUUGUGUUCCAGACCUGGACGAAGACAGUUCAGACGUGCUGGUGGAAGAAGCGCCGGCGCGCUGGAAGGAAGCUCCUCAGCUUGAGGCCUCGUUCUGGGAGGGUGCGCUUCCAGACUCCGAGUGGUGCGCAGUGUACAUAAACUUGGCCAGGAGGCCAGACCGCAGGGAGGAGCUCCUCAACAAGUUGGAGCUUUCCCCGCAGCUGUUGCAGCACAUUCGGCGCAUUGAAGCUGUGGACGGCCGGGAUUUGACGCUUCGAGAUGAGGCGCUUUCACAAGUGGUGGAUGAGCAGGCUUUGGACCGGGCAAGGCAUGCGCGCAGAAGGGGGGCUUACACAAUUGUGCACAGUGGUGGCCGCCUGCUGCACUUUGACAACCACCUCACCCUUGGAGGCAUUGCUUGUGCCAUGUCACACCGACUUGCUUUGCAAGCUGUUGUGCAACAUCCGACUGCCAAGUGGGGCAUCAUACUGGAGGACGAUAUUGCCGCAGCUGUUCCGCGAGCUGAGGAGGUGGUGGCACGAAUGAUUGGCACCUUGCCUGCGGAUUGGGAUGCCCUCUUUUUGGGAUUUCACGAUGAUGCUGGAAGAGCGCACGAAGCAGCAUACGACCAUGCAGGCGCUGAGCUGCCUGAGGUGCCCGUGCGGCCCAUGCGGGAGCCGUGUUUCGGGCUUUUCGCCUGGGCUGUGCGCAAGGAGGCAGCAGAGGCGCUCUUGGCAAAUGCUUUUCCCAUUGGUGGGCAGGUGGACCAUGCCAUCUCAUCCUGGCUGAUUCGAGAGCGAGGGCAAUGCUUUCAAGUGGAGCCAGGCAGCAUGAUCUUCUUCAGCCCCAAAAGUGAGGAGGCUGAGGACUCGGACAUCCAGACGAUGGCAACAGACUCUCGCCUCCGCCAGAUUGCCUACCAGGCAGCCCAGAAUAGAGUGGACUUGGAGACUGGAAAGGUGAAGUCUCGGAAGCCCACUGCCUUCGCGGCGGCGCCCGUCAAGGGGGUCGGGUUUCAGGAUGAUGAUGACGCAGAAGAGGUCGAGGUUGAUAAGACGCCAAAGAGAAAGGUCCAUGGACGAAAGCCAACGGCCUUUGUGCCUAACAAGGCAAACGCUGACGUCAACUUCGACGAUGAUGCUGAGGACAUUGAGGUGGAAGAGGAGGAUUCGGCUGGCCCGAAGCGUGCUGUCCAUGGCCGCAAGGCCACUGCAUUUGUGCCGAAAAAGACGGCGAAGGCAUCAGCCAGCGUAGAAUUCGAGGAAGAGGAAGAUGAUGUGGAGGAGGUGGAAGUGGACAAGACUCCCCAGAGGAAGGUGAAGGGACGGCAGGCUACCGCGUUCGUGCCAAAGGCACCGAGCCAGAGUGGCGUCUACUUCGAAGAGAAUAAUGACGAGGUAGAAGUGGAGGAGGAAGAUGAUGUGCCCAAGAGAACUACUCACGGGCGUAAGGCCACAGCCUUCGUGCCAAAGUCCAAGGGAAAGGCUUCUGCCGUGAACUUUGAGGAAGAGGAUGAGGAUGUUGAAGAGGUUGAGGUCGAGAAGACGCCGAAGCGGUCAGUCCAUGGACGCCAAGCCACUUCUUUCGUGCCUAAGUCCAAGGCCCGUGUUGGCCAGGUUGGCUUCAAUGAAGCUGCGGAACAGCUCGACGCAGAGGACGGUGAAGAAGAUGGCGAAGACGCACCCAAAAGAUCCGCCAAAUCUCGGAAAGCCACAGCCUUCGUCCCAAAGUCAAGAGCAGCAGCGGGUGUGAGCUUUGAUGAUGAUGCAGAUCAGUUGGAAGUUGAAGAUGAAGACGUCCCAGGAGGGCAGAAGCGCACUACCCACGGGCGCAAGCCAACUGCCUUCAUUCCCAAAUCCGGCGUUGCUGCCUUAAAGAGAGCAGGGUGUCUAUGCCGGUGA